AUGGUCGAUCACGCGUGUCAUAUGCGACCGAAUUUUCAAAUGAAAAAUCCAUCGUAUGUCCUGAAAACUCAGCGAACUGCGAAAGCUGCAUCGUCGGAUCACAGCAUUUUCAUCCAAAUUACGAUUGAUUCCAAGGCAGAUGAGCCAUUGAGCGAUACAACGACACAUGGUGAAAUUCGAAUAUUUUUGCCAACCAAGAAAUGGCUUGAUGAAAUUCAGAAUGCCUUUGCCGUUGUGGAGGUCUGGUUAGGACCACCUGGAUCCAUUCACGGAGGGCGCGAUCAUUGUUGUCAACAAUGUCGAGUCUUGGUGGAUUUGUCUUGGAAGAAUCUGCUGCUAGCUGUUGAGCCGGACAGUUUCCAUGUUACGGUGAACGAUGAUGUCUGCGUCAUUUGCCUCUGGAGAGUUGUUUGGAUAAGAGCCACCUUUGUUGUAGCCAUCAAAAAGUGCAAUCAUAUGUUUCACCACAAUUGCUUUGAGAGCUAUUCGAAUCAAACCACUCUUAAACGUUGCCCUACAUGCCAAGUGUUUUGCUCUGCCAGAAGGCAAUAUGCCAAGAGGAUCUACUAUGGCACACCAUGUGGUCUAUUACUAACGGGUGGCAUCAAUCUAGAAGGUGGAUCGGGCUGCUACAUAGUACCGAUUACAGUGCUCCCAGUGGAAUUCGGGAGGCAACUCACUUCCGUGCCCUGGGUGCCUUUCAUGGUACACACCGACAAGCAUAUUAUUUACCAAAUACUCCUGAAGGUCACAAGGAAAGGCUUUGAAUGUCAGUCGUCGACAUUCACUGUGGGCGAUUCAAUAACUUCUGGCGCUCAGAAUGUAGCUGUUUGGAACAACAUCCAUCACAAGACUACUCUUCAUGGCGGAAGUUUUGGCUACCCUGAUGCUGACUACCUCUCAGGGUCACAGAGGAACUGCGAGCUGUGGGCAUUACUGAAGAUA